AUGGUCCCACCCCCCUCCAUUUUAGCUCAUUAUCCGCAAACCGCCUUCAGCACCGAUAAACAUGCAAAUACUUUUCUCUUUACAUCGGAGUCUGUGGGCGAAGGCCAUCCUGGUACCGACAUAGCCUUACCACUCAUUAAUUUGAUAGAUAAGAUAUGCGAUCAAAUAUCCGAUGCGAUUUUGGAUGCCUGCUUGGCUCAGGAUCCUAAAUCCAGAGUAGGAGUGGAAACCGCGGCGAAGACAGGAAUGAUUGUGGUGUUGGGGGAAAUUACCUCAAAUGCCGUUCUUGAUGUCCAAGCACUUGUUCGCAGUGUUGUCAGAGACAUUGGCUAUGACGAUUCAUCAAAAGGGUUUGACUACAAAACGUGCAGCGUAUUAUCUGCCAUUGAGCAGCAAUCUCCAGAUAUUGCGCAGUCGCUAAUGGGACAUUCAGAUAUCGACGAUAUUGGCGCAGGCGAUCAGGGACUCAUGUUUGGAUAUGCAACCGACGAAACACCUGAGCUGAUGCCGUUGACGGUAGUGCUGGCCCACAAGAUCGUUGAGGCACUUGCAGUUGCAAGAAAAACGAAACAAGUUGAAUGGAUUCUUCCUGACUGCAAGUCUCAAGUGACCAUUGAAUAUGAGAUGCAGGAUGGCGUACCUGUGCCGCUACGAGUGCAUACCAUUGUCCUAUCUACCCAGCAUUCGCCAUCAAUCUCGCUUGCCGCGAUGAAAGAAUCAUUGGAGAUGGAGAUCGUUAAAAAGGUCAUUCCCACCCAUCUGAUCGAUGAAAGGACAAUACUCCACAUUCAGCCAUCAGGAAAGUUUGUCAUUGGUGGGCCGCAGGGAGAUGCGGGCCUCACGGGAAGAAAAAUCAUUGUUGACUCAUAUGGAGGGUGGGGUGCCCAUGGUGGUGGUGCCUUCUCCGGAAAAGAUCCCACCAAGGUAGAUCGGUCUGGAGCAUAUGCUGCCAGAUGGGUAGCAAAAUCCAUUGUACAUGCCGGUCUGGCCAAAAGAUGUCUCAUCCAACUUUCGUAUGCGAUUGGAAUUCCCGAGCCUCUUUCCAUAUAUAUCGAGACAUAUGGUACUGGUAAGCUUUCCAAUGCCGAGCUCUUGCGUGUUGUGAAGAAAAACUUUAACCUCAGGCCUGGUGCAAUUAUCAGGGAACUUGAUCUGCUAAGACCAAUUUAUCAGGCGACUUCGUGCUAUGGCCAUUUUGGUAGGGCUCAAUUCAGCUGGGAGGUACCAAAAGAGUUGUCAUUGGCGGAUUGA